UUAUUUUAUAUAGUGGUGUCUUGCUUCAGUUUGGUCUUCAUCCACACCUACCCUCUCAAGUUACAAUUCUCUCAGUCAAGCUACCGGUCUUCCAACCCUUCUUUCAAUUUUGCAAUGGCUUCUUCUUCAACCAUUCUCUCAGUGCCUUCUUCCUCUUCCACCCAUCGCUGGAAGUACGAUGUCUUCCUUAGUUUCAGAGGUGAAGAUACCCGCAAAAACUUUACUGCCCAUCUUCACUCGGCCCUCAGCCAAAAGGGAAUCAACACCUUCAAAGAUAACCUACUCCCGAGAGGCGAAAAAAUAUCUCCAGCACUCCUACAGGCAAUUGAAGAAUCGAGGUUUUCCAUCAUCGUUUUAUCCGAAAACUAUGCUUCUUCAAGUUGGUGUUUGGAGGAACUUACAAAGAUUCUUGAGUGUGUCGAAGAGGGGGGACAUACAGCUCUACCGGUUUUCUAUAACGUGGAUCCCUCCAAUGUAAGAAGGCAAGAAGGGAGUUUUGCGAAAGCAUUUGCAAAGCAUGAACAAGUUUACAAGGAUAAGAUGGAGCAGGUGGUGAAGUGGAGAGAUGCUUUGACUGAAGCAGCUACAAUUGCUGGAUGUGAUACACGAGAUAGAGACGAAGCUGUGGUUAUUGAGGAAAUUGUUGCCAGGAUUUUGACUGAACAGAUUGAUGCAUCCUCAAGCAACAUGGAUGCUCUAGUUGGGAUGGACUCUCGUGUAGAGGACGUGGUUUCACUGUUAUGUAUUGGCUCUGAUGAUGUUCGGAUGGUAGGAAUUUGGGGCAUGCCUGGCAUAGGUAAGACUUCCAUCGCUGAAGCUGUCUAUGAACAAAUCCGUGCUAAAUUUGAAGGUUGUUGCUUCCUUGGGAACGUUAGAGAAGACUUACAAAGAUGUGGUCUACCUUAUUUAAUAGAAAAGCUCCUUUCACAAAUUUUAGGGGGAACAAAAAUUUUCGAUACAAGAAUCAAUUCUAUAAAAGCAAGACUCCGUUCAAGGAAGGUCCUUAUUGUACUUGAUGAUGUGGAUAAACAACAACAGUUAGAAGAUUUGGCAAGAAAUCGUGAUUGGUUCGGUCGAGGAAGUCGAAUUAUCAUAACAACUAGGAACCGACAUUUGCUAAGUUGUCAAAAUGUGGAUGCAAUAUAUGAAGGUAAGAAAUUAAAGUAUGAUGAAGCUCUUGAGCUCUUUUGUCAGUAUGCCCUUAGAUCUGAGCAGCCUACAAAAGAUUUUAUGCAGCUGUGUCACCGUGCAGUAGAUUACACUGGAGGCCUUCCCUUGGCCCUUAAAGUCUUGGGUUCUUGUCUAUACAAAAAAGACAGAGAUGUAUGGAAGAGUGAAUUGGACAAACUCAAACAAUUCCCCAACAUAGAAGUUCAAAAUGUGCUCAAAACAAGUUUUGAUAGAUUAGAUGAUAAUGAAAAGAAUAUGUUUCUUGAUAUUGCAUUCUUCUAUAAAGGGGAGGACAAAGAUUUUGUUACAGAAGUACUAGACAAUUUCUUCCCUGUGAGUGAAAUAGGAAAUCUUGUCGAUAAAUCACUCAUAACUAUUUCAGAUAAUAAGUUGUACAUGCAUGAUUUACUACAAGAACUGGGUUGGGAAAUUGUUCGACAAGAAUCUAUUAAAGACCCUGGCAAACGCAGCAGAUUGCGGGUUCAUGAGGACAUCCAUAAUGUAUUAACAACAAAUAAGGGGACUGAAGCAGUUGAAGGCAUGGUCUUUGACUUGUCUGCAUCGAAAGAGCUAAACCUCAGUGUUGAUGCCUUUGCAAAGAUGAACAAAUUAAGAUUGCUCAGAUUCUAUAAUUGUCAAUUUUAUGGAAGCUCUGAAUACUUAUUCGAGAAAGAGUUAAUUGCUAGUACUCAUGAUGCUUGGAGAUGGAUGGGCUAUGAUAACUCUCCAUACAAUGAUAGUAAAUUGCAUCUAUCUAUAGAUUUUAAAUUUCCAUCCAACAACUUAAGAUCUCUUCAUUGGCGUGGAUACCCUUUGAAGUCCCUUCCAUCAAAUUUUCAUCCAGAGAAUCUUGUUGAGCUAAACAUGUGUUUUAGUCAACUUAAACAACUAUGGGAAGGAAAGAAGGCAUUCAAGAAGUUGAGAUUCAUCAAACUUAGCCACUCUCAACAUUUAACCAAAACUCCAGACUUCUCUGGAGCCCCAAACCUUAGUAGACUGAUUCUAGAAUGCUGUACAAGUUUGGUCGAGGUUCACCCAUCCGUUGUAGCUCUCAAGAAGCUUAUUUUCCUGAAUUUAAAAGGCUGCAAGAAACUUAAGAAUUUCUCAAGGAGCAUCCAUAUGGAGUCUCUUCGAAUUCUUACUCUCUCUGGCUGCUCAAAACUCCAGCAGUGUCCAGAGGUCCAAGGUAAAAUGGAACAGCUGGCAGAGCUUUCUUUAGAAGGGACUGCUAUAAAAGGAUUGCCCUCGUCCAUUGAAUAUCUCACUGGACUUGCUUUAUUAAAUCUGAAAGAGUGCAAAAGCCUUGAGUCAUUACCCAACAGCAUUUUUAUGUUGAAAUCCCUGAAAACUCUCAUUCUUUCAAACUGCACAAGACUCAAGAAGCUUCCAGAGAUCCCGGAAAACAUGGAGAGUUUGAUGGAGCUUUUUCUAGAUGGGAGUGCUAUUAUAGAACUGCCAUCCUCAAUUGGAUGUCUAAAUGGGCUUGUUUUGUUGAAUCUGAAGAAUUGUAAAAAACUUGCAGGUCUUCCGCAAAGCAUUUGUGAACUGACAUCUCUUCGGACUCUUAUUCUAUGUGGUUGCUCAGAACUGAAGGAAUUACCAGAUGACUUGGGGAGCCUACAGUGUUUAGUAGAGCUCAAAGUAGAUGGAACUGCCAUACAAGAGGUGCCACCCUCUAUUAAUCUUUUGACAAACCUUCAAGAAUUAUCAUUAGCAGGAUGUAAGGGAUGGGAAUCUAAGUCAUGGAAUCUGGCUUUUUCUUUCGGCUCGUCACCAACACUAGAACCAUUGCGACUGCCUCGCUUGUCAGGUUUAUACUCCUUGAAAACAUUGAAUUUAAGUGACUGCAACCUAUUGGAAGGAGCAUUGCCCAUUGAUCUCAGCUCCCUAUCUUCAUUGGAAUGGUUAGAUCUGAGCCGAAACAGUUUCAUUACGAUUCCUGCUAGCCUUAGUGGACUUUCUCGGCUAAACGUGCUCAUGCUGCCAUACUGCAAGAGUCUUCAAUCAUUGCCAGAGCUUCCAUCAAGUAUUGAAUAUUUAAAUGCCGAAGCUUGCACAUCCCUGGAAACCUUUUCAUGUUCACUAAGUGCAUGCACAUCGAAGAGGUGGAGGCCACUUUACCUCGCAUCAAUACCAAAAUCUCUGCAAUCAUCUUUGGGGAACAGGCAACUCCACCUCGCAUCAAUACCAGAAUUUCUGCAACCAUUUUUGGGGAACUGUUUUGUGCACGGUCCGCAAAAUGGAUAUGAUGCAAUCGUUCCUGGAAGUAGAAUUCCGGAGUGGUUCGUGGAUCAGAGCACGGGGUCUUCAGUAACAGUAGAGCUGCCUCCACAUUGGUAUAAUACCAAGUUGAUGGGAAUGGCUGUUUGUGCUGUUAUCGGCGCCACGGGUGUCAUUGAACCCACCAUUGAGGAGUGGGGGCCUAAUAUAUAUGUUAAAUAUUGUUCUGAGAUUUAUCACGGCGAUGGAGUUACCAUGAGUUGUUCAAUGAAAGAUGACCACACGUGGUUUCGGUAUCAAUCACUUUGUAACCUGGGUACACGAACUUCUCCCUUUGGAAAGAACCGAGGCUCUAUGGUGGUUUCAUUUGGAAGCUGGGAGGAGAAGUUAGAGGUGAAGAAGUGUGGGGUUCGUCUUGUAUACGAGGGAGAGGAGAAAGAUAGCCAUUGCAGCUUUCCUUGCGGUGCCAUGUGGCCGGAAGAAAGAGAGGAGACAGAUAGUGAAUGCAGCUUUCCAGGAGAAGGAGAUGAAUCAGAUUCAGGAUCAGAAGACCUUAGACAAUCAAAUUCAGAUUCAGAAUCAAAAGAACUUAGGCAAACUUGUUCCCCCUGUAACCUUCUUACAAACUUUUUCAUGUUGCUGAAGCAGAUCUGUGUUACCAGUAAGGAGAAAGCUGACCUUUCCCAAUCAAAUUCAGUCUAUUCAUAAUCAGAUUCUUUUUCAGAUUAAGAGCCACUACCGCCUCCUUCUUGGCCCCCAUGCUGCACUGAAAAGUUUGAAGGUGGUUCUGGUUGAAAAACCUCGAUGGAGCUCUAUCGGAUACCCUCAUUUGAGGAUGGAUGUGGCUAUCAUGUUUUGGAGUUUGGUGGAGCAAUAAAGUGAUCAUAGUGUGUUAUUCUACAUAUUUGUGCUAUUGACAGUUUCUAAAUACAUAGGAUUGAAGUUUUUAGAAUCUGUUGGAAGGUAAGACUGAACCAAUUAAAGUAAUCUUCUUUCAAACUAAAAAACAUGCAUUGUAUUAAGAGGGAUUUGCUAUAUCUAUGUCAUGUUAAAUUUUUCAUGUAUAUCAUUUUUCUUUUUA